UGAUCCACGAUUGUCGUUACUGAUUAGUCAAAGCAGCUAUUUUAAACAAAGGUUGAGUUCGUGGAAGCACCCGUCGUUUACUGUUUUUGUGCGUUUUGAUGUUGAGCUGAUGAAAAAACGUCAACGUAGUUGGCUGCUGAACAAUGAACAUAUUCUGAUCAUUAGUAACUGCCACCAUCAUCGUAAAGUCCAAACCACGUGUUCCUAUUCGUGUGUUAGUGUGUUGUGUUUGUUUUGUGUUCGGGUUCAUCUUCAUCUUCAACCUCACAAACCCACACCAACCCCCAUAACAUGAUGAACCUCCUCAUCCUCUUCUUCACCGUUCUUCUCUCUUUCCCCCUUCUUUCCCUCUCCGCAAACACCACCGCUUCAACCGCCCCUUGCCCUCUCAACUUCACCGUCCUCAGCGUCCUCAGCGGCGGCUCAAAACCCUCCUCCUUCGACUCCUCCGGCGGCAGCACUCGGUGCCAGUUCAUCAACCAAGCGCUCCGUCUUGUUGAUUCCGAUUACCUUCGCCGAAGUGGGUUCUUCCUCCCUCCGUCGAACUCCUCCGAGUCAUGCUGGAAAGACUUUCAAUCUUACAUCAACAAGUUCGACCCAAGCUUCGAUAUUCGUUCCUCGUGUGGAUUACAAACAAGUUGGAUCUCUGAGGGUUGCAUCAACAUCACCACAAAGCAACAAUUCGAAGCCUCUGUUCCUCAAUCAUCGCUUCAAAAUAUGCAGGCAAAUUGUAACCAAUCUCUUGAGAAUAACUCCCCUUGUGCUCUCUGCACCACAAGCUUGUCUAGUUUACCAGCUUUGGGACAAUCCAUUGGGAACCUUUCUGAUUGCACGGGUUAUCCUUCCGUUUAUGCUGCUGCUUUCUCUAACCAGUUUGGGCCCACUGACCCUGGCACUGCAAAGUGUUUGUUCUCCCUUGAUUUUACCUCUGGGGGUUCCUCUGGUGGCAAAAAGAAGGUUGUUAUUGUGGUUGUCUCCAUUGUUUGUGUCUUGGUUUUUUCAUCCAUAGUUCUUGGUUUUUGGGCUUAUUGGAAAUUGAAUUACAAGAUGAAAGGGGAUGAUAAUGUUAAUAUUGCAGAGAGGGGUUUGGUUUCAGGGUUGGAUUCGAUGGACCAGAGUACUACUCUGAUGAGGUUCACGAUUGAUGAUGUUAAGAAGGCAACUAAGAACUUCUCAAGGGAUAAUAUAAUUGGGAGAGGGGGUUAUGGGAAUGUGUAUAAAGGGUUACUGUCUGAUGGGAGUGAAGUUGCGUUGAAGAGGUUCAAGAAUGUUUCGGCUGCUGGUGAUGCUAGCUUCACUCAUGAAGUUGAGGUUAUUGCGAGUGUUAGGCAUGUGAACCUUGUUGCUUUGAGGGGUUAUUGUUCUGCAACGACUCAUUUAGAAGGUUACCAGAGGAUUAUUGUUUGUGAUUUGAUGAAAAAUGGGAGUCUUCAUGAUCAUUUGUUUGGUUCAAUUGGGGAUAAACUCAGUUGGCCAAUCCGUCAGCAGAUUGCUCUAGGAACGGCUAGGGGAUUGGCUUAUUUGCAUUAUGGGGCUCAGCCUUCCAUCAUUCAUAGGGAUAUUAAAGCAAGCAAUAUACUUUUGGAUGAGAGGUUUGAAGCUAAGGUAGCAGAUUUUGGACUAGCAAAGUUCAACCCAGAGGGAAUGACACAUAUGAGCACAAGGGUAGCUGGAACUAUGGGGUAUGUUGCUCCGGAGUAUGCUUUGUAUGGACAAUUGACAGAGAGAAGUGAUGUGUUCAGUUUUGGUGUUGUGCUUCUUGAGCUCUUGAGUGGGAGGAAGGCUCUUCAAAUGAACAAUGAUGGUCAACCCUCUGCUUUGACUGAUUGGGCUUGGUCAUUAGUUAGAACAGGUAAAGCCUUGGAUGUUAUUGAAGAUAGCAUGCCUGAACCUGGUUCACCACAAGUUCUUGAGAAGUAUGUGUUAAUUGCUGUACUUUGUUCUCAUCCACAGUUAUAUGCUAGACCAACAAUGGAUCAGGUUGUUAAAAUGAUGGAGACAGAUGAAUCAGUGCCCUCAAUGCCGGAACGGCCAAUCCCUUUUGUUGCUGGGAGGCUUGAUAUUGAGAGAUCUGUGAGCAGUAGUGGCUCCGGUCAGCUAUCUAGUCCAACCGGUUAUCAAGCAUAUAGUGACCCCCAUUCUUCUAAUUCUAUAGAAGGAAGAAGCUCAGGCUCCCGGAUUUUGAGUACAGAUUGAGAUUGAGGAUUUGGAUUUUCUUCCACUAGUUAGUGUCACUGUGUCAGUAUAAUUUAUUUGUACAUUUAGAUUAUAGAUUGUAUGUUUAUUGAAACGUUUUCUGUUACAAAGCCAAACCGGAUGUACAAAACACAAAUGUUGAUUCUUUUUUAUUUAUUUAACAGCA